AUUGAUAUUCGCCGUGCGAUUGCUUACAUAAUUCAAUCGUUAAAAUGUGGUCUUUUUUCGCCAUCUGCAUUGUUCAUUCAGGUUCUUUCAUUCAACACGUCGAGCUUACGGCUCUUCCUCACUCAUUUUAGACCACUCUCUCUCAAUUUCCGUGUUUAUACCUUUAUAUAUAAACCAUCCGUCUUAAAGACGAUUCCCUCAGUCUGCGUCCCGAACAACGACUAGAAAAAAUGGCCGCUCUCAAAUUAUUCAAUCUUCUUGUCCUGGCUUCAGUCGCUCUUUUUGCACUCGAAUCUGGUCCUACCUCUGUCAAUGCCUUGACUACAGAUCGUUCUCAUGUCGCUCGUUAUGCUAGUGGCCAUGAGGCCGUAGCAGCGGCAAAGAAGAAACGUAACACCAGUAGCUGCAAGCCUAAGCCAACAAAUGCCAACACCACUACGGCAAGUACUCCCACUCCGUCUUGGUCUUCGUCAUCGUCAGCUGGAGACGCUUCUCCUUACACGUCGGCACCCUCGAGCUCGAGCACUUCUAUCUACGUUUCCGCAACCCCUACCUCUACUACCCCCACUCCUACCCCCACUUCUACCCCCGCUAGCACUUCAAGUGGCAAGAAGUGGGGUUUGGCCUGGCCUAAUGGCGAUACUGACUACCUAUCCACCUUCGCCGCCCUUUCCAAUGUUGGCUACCUUUACACUUGGAGUCCUUACUUACCCACCGACCUCUACGGCCUCAAAGGUAUUCCCAUGUUAUGGGGUUAUGACCAGGUUUCCGACUUUCAAAGCUUGGUUGUCGCUGGCUACGCCAACUACGUUCUUGGCAUGAACGAGCCCAACGAACCCAGCCAGUCCAACAUGAGCCCCUCAGAUGGUGUUGCGCUCUGGCAGCAAUAUAUCAACCCGUUGAAAGACGAAGGCUACUACCUUAUCUCCCCUGCUUGCACCAAUGAUCAGACUGGUCUCGACUGGAUGGCCAGCUUCUUCCAAGAAUGCUCUGGUUGCCAUGUUGAUGCCGUCGCCUUCCACUUCUACGGGACUGAUGCUCAAGAUUUCAUCUCUUAUGCCACCCAGCUGUACAACACAUACAACUUGCCCAUCUGGGUUACCGAGUUUGCUGACCAGAGCUUCAGCGGCGGUGCACAGGCUACCCAAGAUGAAGUUUAUGCUUUUGCUAGCACCGUCGCCAACUUUGUUGACAGCACUUCCUGGUUUGAAGUUGCCUUCCCCUUUGGCGUUAUGAGCGACCUUCAAGGUGUCAACACUGCCAAUGCUCUCCUUUCCAGCGAUGACACCCCCACUUCUCUUGCCUACAACUACUUUGGCUAAGGUAUAUUGGUCUUGAUCAUGACUAAUAAUACAUAGCCCGCGGGGUUCAGGCUUUUGGACCUAUCAGCUUCGCUGUAUUCCCGGUUACGAUACCCUUAUAUCUCAUGCCACUUGGAUUCACUUCAUUCUACUUAUCGUUUAUCUCACUGUUACCCUUGUCUAGUCGCAAGCUUGAUGUAGCGUGCUGGUUUCGCAUGUCGCCGUGCGACGCAAUUGACUGGAAAACUCGCGCUUUUGUUGAACAAAUGCAGACUUUAUAUCCGCAAUUAGAUGUACUGUUUUUUGUAAUGGCGUGCAAAUGACUGAGCGAGCCUCAGUGACUUUUUUUUGCGA